CUUUAGUUUUCUGUCUGCAUAAUGAGCGAUCCACCAGAGGUUCCUGCGGCUCCCUCUCGGCCACUACCAUCAGCUGAUCUACAGCCACACCCGGCCCGGCAUUCCCAUUCUAGCCAUGUGUCCUUUGCUGACCGUGUGAAAAAAGAGAUAGAACGUGGUCAAAGGACCAGUACAACCAGCACCAACGCAUCAGGGUGUAAUAAAUUGCAGACACCAGCGGUUCCUCAUCUCCCACCACGGAAAAAGGUCAAGAGCAAGAAUCAGUUUGCGUACAUGAGGAUCAUGGCUGACAAUAAGCCUCUAUUAUUUCCAGCGGAUAAGCUGACUUGGGACGAGGUUGCUCAUCAUAAUUCGAAGCAUGACUGUUGGACAGUCAUCAAUGGAGUUGUAUAUGAUAUAACAUCAUACCUGGAUUAUCAUCCUGGAGGCCGAGGAGAAUUAUUCCAAGGAGCUGGAAAGGACUGUACCAACCUCUUCAAUAUCUAUCAUCCAUGGGUUAGUGAAGAAGCGAUUCUACGCAAUGCACGGCUGGGUCCAGUAAUUGGAGGCCCUUGCCCUCCUCACAUGGUGGCCGAACGCCGGGGGGAACUACAACAUCGUCCUGCUACUGGGCAAGAGGGCAUGCGUCCGGGCGGCGAUCCGACCAAGAUUGUAUCGGUACCGUUGCCUACGAUACCUGAGUAUGUGCCCCCAACCACACCAUCACCCAUUCUAUCUGCAAAUGAUGCACAGUCCGAUGUACCGGUAGCGGCCAUGCUACGACGAUCAAAGCCCAAAACUGAGGCUGCGAAAACGAAUGAAGUAAACACAGAAGCGGCAUCAAGGUCACAGCCGUCCUGGAUCCCUCUACUGUUCCGGGGAUCGGUAUUCUUCCCUGGAAUGAAGUUGUUCCCACCACACGAGCAUAAGUAGUUAUACGGUCUGUUGAGAUUGACGAGAGUCCACUACUUGCACUAUGCUUGUUUAUAAGUUCUAUUGCAUCUUGUAAUAUUGUCGUUGUGACAAUGACGAGUAGUUCCUCCCAGCAUACACCAAUAUACCGUCCUCUAUG